CCCCAGCCACCGCCGCCGCCUCCGCCUCUCGGGCUGCAGCUCCCGGCGUGCCCCGCACUCGCCGCUGGCCGCCCGCCCCUCCCUCUCCUCCUACCAGUGCCACAGAGCCGGAGACGGAGCCGCCGCCGCCGCCGCAGCCACAGCCGCGGACACUAUGGCUUCUGGAGUUACAGUGAAUGAUGAAGUCAUCAAAGUUUUUAAUGAUAUGAAAGUAAGAAAAUCUUCUACACAAGAGGAGAUCAAAAAAAGAAAGAAAGCCGUUCUCUUCUGUUUAAGCGAUGACAAAAGACAAAUAAUUGUAGAGGAAGCAAAGCAGAUCUUGGUGGGUGACAUUGGUGAUACUGUAGAGGACCCCUACACAUCUUUUGUGAAGUUGCUACCUCUGAAUGAUUGCCGAUAUGCUUUGUACGAUGCCACAUACGAAACAAAAGAGUCUAAGAAAGAAGACCUAGUAUUUAUAUUCUGGGCUCCUGAGAGUGCACCUUUAAAAAGCAAGAUGAUUUAUGCUAGCUCUAAAGAUGCCAUUAAAAAGAAAUUUACAGGUAUUAAACAUGAAUGGCAAGUAAAUGGCUUGGAUGAUAUAAAGGACCGUUCAACACUUGGAGAGAAAUUGGGAGGCAACGUAGUAGUUUCACUUGAAGGAAAACCCUUAUAAAAUGCCAGUCAAGUGCCAUCUGGAUCUUAAGGAGCUUCCAUUUCUCCAGCUCAAUCAAUUGAAAUAGUGUUAGGUGUUUUUUGUUUUUGUUUUUUUUUCUCUUCCCACUGGGUCCUUCCAAUACAGUGAAUGAAGGAAAUACCAUUCAUGUAAGCAGCCUAUCAGUGAUUGCCAUUAGACUGUUUAAUACUGUUACUUUUAUGUAGAACCCAAGGAAUGCCUUCCCGUCAUAUUUUAGCCAAAACAACUGGUUAUUUGCCUCCUUUGCAGCAAGCACUACAAUGAAAGUGAUUGUCAAUGUGAAUAGCUUAGAAUACUGCAAAGGGUAAGCUGAUUGAAUGCCUUGAAAGUAUUAUCCACUGGUCAGAUGGUAAACUUUAUUCAGUAUUAUUUAUAGUUGCACUUGAUUGCAGUUUUGUGAGGCUCGAGCAUUCAUACACCUCACCUGCCUUGGCAAGCCUAUUUUUGUGACAUGGCAGCACAGAUAUAACACUAUGCAUUGAAAGCACUUUUUUUGUAAUGAGUUUAACUCACCUUCCCUCCCCCAAAAGGAAUGCCAAUUAGGUUUUGUUAACGGUGUCAUCAACUUAUCCUGGUACCUCAGUAUUCAUUCCUGUUACCUGCAUAUCUUAAAAGAAACAGCUGUUAAUGCCUUUUUGUUUUCCAUUGAGUGUACACUACUGAAUAAGUGUAGGAGUUUAUGUUUACCAUGUAAGUUUUGCAACACUAAAAAUAUUUUGAAUAUCAGUCAUGAUGGCAAUUUCUGUAUAAAAGAGCCUUAAAUGGAACAUUGUUUUUGAGAUCAAACUCCCUACCCUCACAAAAAUGGCCACGUCGCAAUAAAAAUUGUGGCAUAUUACAGAACGUUGCCUUGUUUUCCUUGGACAUUUUGCAAAAUGUUAUGUGAAGCAACUUUUAGAGUAAACAGCUAUUACUAAUCUUUGCACUGGUCAUUUAAGAAUUUUUUUGUACAACAUUCAUGCAUGAUAUUUUCCAGUUUGUUGAGUUUAAAAAAUAUUCUAUCCUAAAGCCAACAAAUAGAAAAUAUUGUUACAGAGGGACACUUUUAUAAACAUUAGUUUAUUUAUUUCCUUAUAUGUUAAUAUGAAGAUCAGAAGUUAUUUUUUGCACUUUGACAUAAAUAUUCUUCAAUACCAGAUUUGUUUUCUGGAUAAAUUAGGGUAGUUAUUUUUUAAUUCACGUUUACGUUUCUAAGUAACUGAGUAGUAGAAGCAGGAAGCUCUUAACUGCAUAUUUGGUCAUGAUGAAAGUAAUUUAUAAAAUGUCCUUUAAAAGUUAAUAAUACUUCUCGUGUUUAGGACCUUUCAUUUCAGCUAUUAUUUCUUAAUACAUCUUGCAAAUUGGGGGAAAAAAAUGAUGUAGCAAUCUUAAGUAUUAGUAGUGAGAUUUGGCUGUGGUCCAGACUGCUCUCCUUAUAGAGAAUUUGAUCUGCUCAGUGUGAGCAGUUUGCUGUUAGCCAGAGCUAUUUAUGGCAAACACAUGCUUUUGUAUCUUGUCAUAGUUAUCCACAAAUGGCAAAACUGGACUUGAUUCUACUGGUAUGCAAAACAGGCAUGCUAGUAAGCAGUCAAUCGUGGCUUGGAACUUAACCCCAUAGCUCUGAAGAAUGCUCUUAUCAGAAAACAGGAAACAAAAAUUCUUCCUUUUUUUUUUUAACAUGUGUUAGUAACUUGAGUACAAUUAGGUAUUUUCCCAUAUUAUAAGAAGAUUUUUAAAGGUGAAAACAAAAGUAGGACUUAAAUGUUUAGGCUUCCAUUUAAAAUUAUAUGAAUGGCUUGGGAUCUUUUGCACUGAGCUAUCUUAUUUCAGGCUUCCAGCUGUCCCUUUGAGUUAUCCUGGACAUUUUGAUGGUUUUUUGGUAAGGCUGAACUCAUAAGGAAAGUAUGAGAAUACUGACAUAUACUGAACCGUAUAUGUAACUGAUUCUUAGAAUUUUCAUUAUUUUUCUCAUUCU